AUGGCAGAGGCGCCGGCCUCCCCGGCCCCGCUCUCUCCGCUCCAAGUGGAGCUGGACCCGGAGUUCGAGCCGCAGAGCCGGCCGCGCUCCUGUACGUGGCCCCUGCAGAGGCCGGAGCUCCAGGGCAGCCCGGCCAAGCCCUCGGGGGAGGCGGUCGCGGAUGCCAUGAUCCCCGAGGAGGACGACGAUGAAGACGACGAGGACGGCGGCAGGGCCGGCUCGGCCAUGGCGAUCGGCGGCGGCGGCGGCGGCGGCGGCGCGCUGGGGGCCGGGAUGCUCCUGGAGGACCCGGCCCGGCUGCUGGCGCCCGGAGGACAGGACCCGGGCUCCGGGCCGGCCCCCGCGGCGGGCGCGCUGGGCGGAGGGACGCAGUCGCCGCUGCAGCCCCAGCAGCCGCUGCCGCCGCCGCAGCCCGGGGCGGCGGGGGGCUCCGGGCAGCAGCCGCGGAAAUGCUCGUCGCGGCGGAACGCCUGGGGGAACCUGUCCUACGCCGACCUGAUCACCCGCGCCAUCCAGAGCUCCCCGGACCAGCGGCUCACGCUGUCCCAGAUCUACGAGUGGAUGGUGCGCUGCGUGCCCUACUUCAACGACAAAGGCGACAGCAACAGCUCCGCGGGCUGGAAGAAUUCGAUCCGACACAACCUCUCGCUCCACAGCCGGUUCAUGCGGGUCCAGAACGAGGGGACCGGCAAGAGCUCUUGGUGGAUCAUCAACCCCGAUGGAGGCAAGAGCGGGAAGGCGCCCCGCCGGCGGGCCGUCUCCAUGGACAACAGCAACAAGUACACCAAGAGCCGCAGCCGCGCGGCCAAGAAGAAGGCGGCCUUGCAGACGGCUCCCGAGUCCGCCGACGACAGCCCCUCCCAGCUCGCCAAGUGGCCCGGCAGCCCCACCUCGCGCAGCAGCGACGAGCUGGACGCGUGGACGGAUUUCCGCUCGCGCACCAACUCCAACGCCAGCACCGUCAGCGGCCGCCUGUCGCCCAUCCUGGCGAGCACCGAGCUGGACGAAGUCCAGGACGACGACGCGCCCCUCUCCCCGAUGCUCUACAGCAGCUCGGCCAGCCUCUCGCCCUCCGUGAGCAAGCCGUGCACCGUGGAGCUGCCCCGGCUGACCGACAUGGCGGGCACCAUGAAUCUGAACGACGGUCUGGCCGACAACCUCAUGGACGACCUGCUGGACAACAUCCCGCUCCCACCGUCCCAGCCGUCCCCCACCGCGGCGGGGCUCAUGCAGAGGAGCUCCAGCUUCCCGUACACCGCCAAGGGCUCCGGCCUGGGCUCUCCGACCAGCUCCUUCAACAGCACUGUGUUCGGGCCCUCGUCUCUGAACUCCCUGCGCCAGUCUCCCAUGCAGACCAUCCAGGAGAACAAGCCAGCCACCUUCUCUUCCAUGUCGCACUACGGCACCCAGACACUCCAGGACCUGCUCACUUCAGACUCGCUCAGCCACAGCGACGUCAUGAUGACCCAAUCGGACCCCUUGAUGUCUCAGGCCAGCACCGCUGUGUCCGCCCAGAACUCCCGCCGGAACGUGAUGCUGCGCAACGACCCGAUGAUGUCCUUCGCGGCCCAGCCCAACCAGGGGAGUUUGGUCAACCAAAACUUGCUCCACCACCAGCACCAGACCCAGGGCGCGCUCAGCGGCGGCCGUGCCUUGUCGAAUUCCGUCAGCACCAUGGGCUUGAGCGACUCCGGCAGCCUCGGGUCGGCCAAACACCAGCAGCAGUCUCUCGUCAACCAGUCUAUGCAAACCCUCUCGGACUCUCUCUCAGGCUCCUCUCUGUACUCGACGAGUGCGAACCUUUCCGUCAUGGGCCACGAGAAGUUCCCCAGCGACCUGGACCUGGACAUGUUCAACGGGAGCUUGGAGUGUGACAUGGAGUCCAUUAUCCGUACUGACCUCAUGGAUGCCGAUGGGCUGGAUUUUAACUUUGAUUCCCUCAUCUCCACACAGAACGUUGUUGGUUUGAACGUGGGGAACUUCACUGGUGCUAAGCAGGCCUCAUCUCAGAGCUGGGUGCCAGGCUGA